GCAGGACAGAAGGCAAGAUGGCACUAAGCACUCGGAUCCAGGCUGCCUGUCUCCUGCUUCUCCUCCUGGCCAGCCUGAGCAGCGGUGCCUAUCUCCGGCAACAGACGAGACAGACUACGGCUCUGCAGCCUUGGCAUGGGGCAGAAAGCAAGACUGAUGACAGUGCGCUGCUGAUGCUGAAGCGAAGGAAGCGAGACACCAACUUCCCCAUAUGCCUCUUCUGCUGUAAAUGCUGUAAGAAUUCCUCCUGUGGUCUCUGUUGCAUAACAUAGAGAGCCAAGAGCCUUGUCCUGACCUCUCAACACACUGCCUCCCCUCCGCCCCAUUAUUUAUUCCUGUCCUACCCCAGCAAUGACCUUG